CGUGCACGAUCACCACACACCGAUUGAAUUAAAGUCAAGAUGGCGACCGAGGGCGAAUACGAGUCGAUCCUGUGUGUGAAACCUGACGUAAACGUUUACCGAAUCCCGCCGCGGGCAUCGAACCGGGGAGUCAGGGCUGCGGAUUGGAAGCUGGACGCCCCUGAUUGGACAGGUCGCAUGAGAGUGACGGCUCGGGGAAAAGUGGCUUUCAUCAAACUGGAGGACAAGAUCUCUGGGGAGCUGUUUGCACAGGCCCCAGUGGACGAGUACCCUGGCAUCGCCAUAGAAACCGUCAGUGACUCCAGUCGUUACUUUGUGCUUCGGAUCCAGGAUGAGAGUGGUCGCAGUGCGUUCAUAGGCAUCGGGUUCGGGGACAGAGGAGACUCGUUUGACUUCAACGUGGCGCUGCAGGACCACUUCAAGUGGGUGAAACAGGAGCUUGAGAUCAGUAAGCAGUCUCAGACCCCAGACAACACUCCUAAACUGGACCUGGGUUUCAAAGAAGGACAGACCAUCACUCUCAAUAUCGGGCAAGGCAGAAAGAGAGACAAGUCCCGCCCCCAGAGCGCUGGUGGCUUUGGGCUCCUCCCUCCUCCCCCUGGCGGUGGUGGUGCCAAGAUAGCCCCUCCCCCUAUGUCAAGCUCCUCCAAUGACAACGAAGGUUUAUUCUCAGGGGGAGACUUAUUCUCUGCGGGAAGUGACUCGUUUUCAGGGGGUAGUGACACAUUUUCAGGAGGAAACAACACAUUCUCAGCAGGAAAUGACAUGUUCUCAGGGGGAAGUAGCACAGGCUGUUUGUUAGACCUGGACAGCAGUAACUCCAACUCUGUGGUGCAGCCGGACCCCAACCCUGCAGGCGGCUCGGACAUGUGGGGAGACUUCUCUGCCCCAGAAAAGUCAAUGUCUCCUCUCGCCAACGAUGAUGGUUCCACCAACUGGCAGCAGUUCUGAGGCCAUCCCACAAUCCCUUUCACUUGACCUUCACCUGACCUUUAACCCCUGACUAGAGGAGGAUUCCAGCAGAACACUGUAUAUUAUCACCUCAACCUCAGUGUACUCUCUCUCUCUCUUCCCCCUCUCUUUAUUUUUCUCUCUCUCACCCCUCCCCUACUCUCUUCACCCCUCUCCUGGCUUCCUCUCCUUACCAUCCUCUCCUUCUACAUCUUUCCCUCUCAGCCCCAACACUACACUCUCUCCCCCUCUGUCCCCCUUUUCUUGCCCUCUCCCCCUGUCUCUCUAUCUAUUGCAACAGAGUAUUUAUUUAUUACUGAGGGAAAAGACUGAGGGCAAAUCUCUAAAUGGAAGAUGGUACAGAAAGGAAUGAUGGUGACUCACACUAAUAUAGUCUUGAUAAAUAAAUAAAUUAAUUAAUGUAUGUACAUAAUAUAUUAUUGUAAAUGCAUAUAGUGUCAGUAGUUUGUAAUUCCCAUUGUUGUUGUGGUAGUGUUGUAGCUCAUUUUCCUUUAUAAUCUCCAGUACAACUGGAAUUAUCAC